CGUUCGUGUGCCGCUUGCGCGAAAGCCAAGGUCCGUUGUAGUGGGCAGAAGCCGGCUUGUAGCAGAUGUGUCUCCAGAAGCCAUGACUGCCACUAUGCCACGGCCAAGAUGAACCCGACCAUGGAAAGAAGGAUUGGUCUCGAGAGCUCAGCCAGCACGGAGAUGACACGCGAAGAUACC